UCUUUAGACUCUAUAACUUGUGCUGAGUCUGAAAAAGUUGAACUCUGUGAAAAAUCAGUUGACAAAGAAGAUGAGGACGAAGAUGAUGAUCAUGUAGAAUUCACAUCCACUGAGGAAUCAAAUAGAGCGCUCAUACAACCACGUUGGCCCACGAGAGUUUUUGCUGCUAAAUCUGUACGGAGAAUGUUACACUCAUGUGAACUUGCCAGCCCUGCUCAUUUUGAACUUAGUUUAGCUAAGGAAAUUCAGUUGACAAAAAGUAGAGGUGACUUUUUGGUCCUUCAUUUAUCAGAUUUAGUGAGGCUUUCAUUCAUGGCGGCAACUAGUGACUGUGAUCCUUUGAGACUGGAAGGUUUAAGGCUCCUGUACGAUGUUAUAACAAAAUUUGCCAAAGUUCCAGAACCAGAAUUUCCCGGACAUCUUCUGCUGGAACAAUUUCAAGCGCAGGUAACCUGGUAAUCAAUAAUUAGAGCUGCUCUUUAUCGUAAAUAAUGCAGCAAUUGAAAACAGAAUCAGCAAGAAAAAUCUACCAGUGCCUGUUAACAAAAUGUUGUAAAAUGUACAGUAUCUUAAGCUGUACGAGGUCCUUAUGAUUUGAACAAAUCGAUGGUCAAAGUGUGGAAUCAUACAUUUUCAUUGGGGUGUUUCAAAAUA